AUGGCCUGGACCCCUGUGAUCCUUGUGCUCCUGUCUCACUGCACAGGUUCCCUGUCCCUGCCUGAGCUGACUCAGCCGCCCUCCUUCUCUGCAUCUCCCGGAUCAACAGCCAGACUCCCCUGCACCCUGAGCAGCGACCUCAGUGUUGGUAGUAAAAACAUAUACUGGUACCAGCAGAAGCCAGGGAGCGCUCCCCGGUUAUUUUUGUACUACUACUCAGACUCAGACAAUAAGCUGGGGCCUGGGGUCCCUAGUCGAGUCUCUGGAUCCAAAGACACCUCAACCAAUGCAGCGUAUUUGCUCAUCUCUGGGCUGCAGCCUGAGGACGAGGCUGAUUAUUACUGUCAAGUGUAUGAAAGUAGUGCUAAGCACAGGUCCUGGGCCCAGUCUGGGCUGACGCAAGAAGCCUCAGUGUCGGGGUCUCUGGGACAGAAGGUCACCCUCUCCUGCGUUGGAAACAGCAACAAUGUUGGGAGCUAUGGUGCAAGCUGGUACCAGCAGAUUCCUGGUGCUGCCCCCAAAACUGUGAUGCUCGGGAGCUCUCGGCCCUCAGGGAUCCCAGAGCGGUUCUCUGGCUCCAGAUCUGGCAACACGGCUUAUCUGACCAUCACAGGCCUCCAGCCUGAGGACGAGGCUGAUUAUUACUGUUCAGCAUGGGACCGUAGCAUCAGCAAUGACACAGUGCUCCAGACCCAUGGGGAACUGCGACAAAAACCUGCCCCUGUUCCUGUGAUCACCCCAUAA